AUGGGCUUCCGGAAGUUCUUUCCCUUGCUGGCUCUCAGCAUCUUGGUCUUAUGCCAGACUGGCAACCUCCAGGCAGCACAUUUCAGAUCUGUUUUAGAGAAUAGCCCAGACCUGUCUACCCUUAAUGAGGAGGAUGCACGCCUCCUACUGGCUGAACUGGUGCAGGACUAUGUGCAGAUGAAGGCAAGGGAGCUGGAGCAGGAGCAGGAGCGGAUGCUAGAACAGGAAGCAGAAGACUCCAGCAUCACUGCCCAUAAGAGAGCCUGCAACACUGCUACCUGUGUGACCCACCGACUGGCAGGCUUGCUGAGCAGAUCAGGGGGUGUAGUGAAGGACAACUUCGUGCCCACCAAUGUAGGCUCCAAAGCCUUUGGCCGCCGCCGUCGCCGCAGGGAACUUCAGGCCUGA